AUGGCACACAAAGUUUUGCCUGCACGAAGCAGAACCCGUGGGUACACCAGUCUGGGGUGCUGGAGGGACACUGCUGACCGCGCCAUUCCGAUUCUUGAGGGGACAGAUCCACUCCUAGAUGGUGUAAAUUACCAGGAACGGGACAACGCCAUAGAGAAGUGUUACCAAGUAGCACGUUCUCGUGGUUUCCCCGUGUUUGCUGUACAGCAUGGCGGAUCGUGUUUUGGGUCUGCUGAUGGGCUCAAUACCUACAACAAGUACGGGCCUUCCAUGGACUGUGCAGGGGACGGCGAAGGUGGGGGUUGGGCAAACGAGGUCUACAUGAUCACCGAAGGUCUCAAGUCGUGCCGCGACGACUUACGCUGCGGACAGGACUACCCUGCAGAAGACGGCCACCCUGCCCUGUGCGACCCUCACAGUGCGUACCCGUGCUGCUCCAACGGCGGCUGGUGUGGCAGCACCAUAGACCACUGUUACUGCCAUGGUUGUGUGGACUACAGGAACACCCUGUCAGUCGAACGUCACGUAUUUUUCGUCCCAUGUGACGUGAAUUUAGGUCAAAGGCAAACGUUACGUACACGCUGUCCAGCGGCAGACUACGUCCGUUUUAAUGGAGUUUGCUACAAGAGCUUUACGGGAAACAAGACGCGAGACGAGGCCAGCGAGGCGUGUGCGGCCGACGGAGGGAUGUUAGCCAUACCGAAGGACAGUAAGACCAACGCCUUUCUCGCCAGUCUACCUGAGGUAACAGGUGGUCGCUGGCUUGGGCUGACUGACGCCAACGGUGACGGUCAGUGGGUCUAUGACGAUUGCCAAUUCCUGACGUCAUCCGAUUUUUCCAACUGGCAACUGAACGACACUGAUAACGGUGCCGGGUGUUUGGCAUUUUGGGAAAACGGGACCACGUGGGAUCCAAGAGGCUGUGACCUCCCAGGGGGAUUCAUUUGUCAGCUACAUGAAGCUAUGUGGCUGUCACGGGACCCGUCGUGGGUUGUGGUCUCCCACGGCAGACCACUAGUCAGCAACGGAGUCAGAUAUGAUGCCGCAAAAACCUUGGAUGGGGACACUAGGACCUACUGGAGCCCUGGCGGCGGCCAAUGGUACAACAACUGGUACAUCGUAUUUGACCUCACAGUGCCGCACACUCUGUCCGGCAUCGCAGUCUACAACUACGGAGACGGCACCCAUGAUAUUCAAGCCUUCACGUUGCAAAAGUCGCAGGUUGGGAGUUCGUACAACUGGUUGGACGUCGUUUCCGUCAUCAAUGUUCAAGAACUGACCACACAGCAUCAGACGUUCGGCGGGUUCCAGGAAACAGCGCGGUACUGGAGGUUCGUGGUCACUUGGACCCACUCAGGCUGGCAGCCAUGGCUCCGAGAACUGUACCUCUACGGAAUGUCAUCAGUGUGCUUGCGAAUUCCUGCUGAUUUCCAGCUCGACGGGAGACUGACGAUGUUACCCAAUCCGCUGGGCCAGAGGACUUUCAACGAGAUCCAGAAUUCCUCUGUCGUGGCGCUGCUCAGUACAUCCAACAGUAUCCCGGGGGAACACCACCCGGAGCUACGAGAAUUCGUGUCCGCCGUCCUCUUCCCGCGAUGCGAUGUCCCAGAAGAGGACAUGUCCAACUGUUAUCCAAAAACCACGACCUCGUGCGUUUGCAGACAGUUGCUGCCAUGCCGUUCUUUGUGUGAGGAAGUGUUCAGUAUGAGUGAUGGCCUGAUGAGGGACCUGCUGCCUCCAUGUGAUGUGUUCCCGUCGCCACAGCAUGGCUGCUGGAACACUGACACAGCGGUGAAAGGCAGAGAAGUUUGUUACCACAGCACUGGCAUGAAUUACCGUGGAACAUGGAGUACAGCGACUUCUGGGGCAAAAUGUCUCGAGUGGUCAGCUCUACAAGCUGUUUACUACAAGGACAAGUACCCCUGGGCUAACCUGGACAGGAACUACUGCCGCAACCCGACCGGACUCCAGCGGCCAUUCUGUCUGACUGGAGACGGUAGCCAGGAGGAAUGUGACGUCAUUCCGUGCAAUUUUGUUGGUUGUUGGGACAGAGGUCCUCCAAACUACGGCAAGAGAACUCCCAAUAAGAUGUUCUACUUCUUAGAAGAAAAGGUGACCUACACGUGUAACGACGGCUACACGCCCGAGUACGGCUCCCCGACAGUAGCGACUUGCCUUGCAGGAACCAAUGGAGGAGUCUGGGAGUAUGCCACGCCCGUUUGCUCAAGUGAGUCAUUGCCGAACUACGCAGAGACAGCCUCCCACACAGGGUUGACUAUCACGACAAUGCCUUACGAUAUCACCCCUGCCUUUUCAGCCGCAGAAAACGGGUAUUAG